AUCUCCCUUUACUGUCGCCCAGAGCACAGUAAAGGGAGGGAGGGACAGAGGAUAGCUGAGCUUUGCAGCUAAACAAUCCUGUUUGGUGGCCUACCUUGUUCUUUCUCACACCUUGAUGAAGACUUCGACUGCACGGAUUUCAAAAUAAAAACAAAAAUCAAGCUCUUAAAUGUGACCAUCACCAUCAAUCAAUGCCGUCUCAAACUGUGUAACACCAAGGGUCAAGAAGAAUAGCCAUGAACAACAACACCCCCGAAAUAGUGGCGGGACACCCUGCUGGACUUGUUGUGGAUAAAGAUGCUACAUCAGAGACAGCAUUGGGGGGCGCCUACUCUCCGGUGGACUAUAUGAGCAUCACAAGCUUUCCCAGACUGCCAGAGGACGAGAUGGUGUCUUGCGACAACGCCGCAAAAUCUCGCAAAGAUGAGGACAACAUCUUGGGCGACCAAGAGACAGACCCAGAUGGAUUUUUAAAGUCUGCUCGUCUCCAGCGUCUCCCAUCCUCAGCUUCUGACCUGGCCUACCAUGAUGCUGUAUCUCUGAGGGAAACCACUAGCGACCCUUUUACUCAAGAUUGUGCCUGCCAGCGGGAUGGACUGACCGUCAUCGUCACUGCAUGUCUCACCUUCGCCAUAGGAGUCACUGUAGCUCUCGUCAUGCAGAUCUACUUUGGAGAACCCCAGGUUUUUCACCAAGGAGCAGUGGUGACAGAUGUGGCUCGGUGUACAUCCCUUGGGUUUGAAGUUUUAGGGAAGCAAGGGUCCAGCGUUGAUGCUGCUAUCACGGCUGCACUCUGUUUGGGGAUCGUCCACCCUCACACCUCUGGUUUAGGAGGUGGGGGAGUUAUGUUGGUGCAUGACAUCUGGAAGAAUGAGACACGGGUCAUUGACUUCCGAGAGACAGCGCCAUCUGCCAUUCAGGAAGAGCUACUACAGACAAACAUUGAGCACAAUCCAGGUUUGCUUGUUGGAGUACCAGGUUUACUCAGCGGGAUGCAUCAGGCACACCAGCUUUAUGGCAGAUUACAGUGGAAAGACGUGGUUACCAUGGCAGCGGAUGUGGCCAGAAAUGGAUUCAAUAUCACACAUGACUUGGCUGAAGCGCUUGCUAAUAUUAAAGACCAGAACAUUUCGGCUGCAUUUCGGGAUCUCUUCCUCCCUAAUGGCCAGGCUCCACUCUCUGGGUUGCUGAGCAGACGCCCUGAUUUAGCGAGCAUCUUAGAUGCUGUCGCAGUCAAAGGGAUAUCGGAAUUCUACAGUGGGAACCUGACGCAGGAAAUGGCUGCUGCGGUGCAAGCAAGUGGUGGAGUGCUCACAGAAGAUGACUUUGGUAACUACAGCACUGUCCUACAGCAACCAGCCCACAUCAACUAUCAGGGUCACCAUGUGAUGGUGGCUCCAGCCCCUCAUGCAGGUAUCGGCCUAAUUACUGCCCUUAACAUCCUGGAAGGUUACAACAUCACCAACCAGGUGCCCAGGAACAGCACUUAUCAUUGGACUGCAGAGUCUGUGAAGAUAGCUCUGGCACUGGUGAGUGGCCUGGGAGACCCCAUGUUUGACACUUCAGUCUCAGAGACGGUCAACAAGAUGUUGAGCAAGCCACAGGCGUCCUUACUCCGCCAAAUGAUCAAUGACUCUCAGGCGUUUCCUGCCAGCCAUUACGUGCCAUCAUUUAGUUUGGAAGAAGGUGCAGUAGCUGCCCAGGUCAUGGUCAUGGGCCCAGAUGACCACAUUGUCUCCGUAGUAAGCUCCCUGAAUAAACCAUUUGGAAGUGGGAUAGUGACUCCUUCUGGGAUCAUUUUCAACAGCCAAAUAUUGGCCUUUUCUUGGCCUAAUAAAACCCAAAGCCCCAAACCUAACCCUCAUAACAGCCUCCAGCCUGGGAAGAGGCCAUUGUCCUUCCUGAUGCCCACAGCAGUGAGGCCAGCCAUCGGGUUGUGCGGUACCUACGUUGCGGUUGGAUCCUCCAAUGGAGCAAAAGCUCUUAGUGGCAUCACACAGGUGCUGCUAAAUGUUCUCUCCUCACGUAAAAACAUGAGCGACAGUUUAGCGUAUGGUAGACUCCACCCACAGCUGCAGCAAGAAACUCUUCUAGUGGACUCUGAAUUUCUAGAUGAAGAUGUUGAGCUGCUUCAGGCCAAGGGUCACAAAGUUGAAAGGAUAGAAGUUUUGUCAUUGGUGGAAGGCACCCGAAGAACUAAUGAUGUCAUCAUUGGUGUGACGGACCCCCGUAGUGCUGAUGCCUCAGCCCUGACCAUGUACAAGACUUAGUACUUUAGUCUUAAAAUACCACUUAAUAAUUUGGGCACUGAACAAAUAGCGAUAGUCUGUUCCCACAACUGUGUGCAAUUUUAAAUAAUUAUUAUCUGUUGCUGAGA